CAACGUUGCUGCUCAAGUCUAACAUAACAGUUAUUCAAAAUUUGCCUUUUUCUCCGGUGGCUUCCGUAGAAUGCAUCUAUAGUUUUUUGAAAGGGAAUUUCGUGGUUCUUUUUAAUGGGCUGCUACUUUUCGACUUCAAAGAAAAUCCAAACACCAGAUUAUGAGGAACCAACCGUUCUUGCUUCCGUGACACCUUGUGAGUAUACGUCAUCAAGUGUUACUGUUAGUGAAGUAGAGGCCUUGCAUGAACUCUAUAAGAAGAUAAGCAAUUCAGUUAUUGAAGAUGGUCUUAUUCACCGGGAAGAAUUCCAGCUGGCACUUUUCCAGAACAAAAAUAAGAGAAAUCUGUUUGCAGACAGGAUUUUUGACUUAUUUGAUCUCAAGCGCAAUGGGGUCAUUGAGUUCGGGGAAUUCGUUCGAUCGUUGGGUGUUUUUCACCCAAAUGCAGCUUUAGAAGAAAAAAUGAAUUUUGCUUUUAAGUUAUAUGAUCUGAGGCAGACAGGGUGCAUUGAACGAGAGGAGUUGAAGGAGAUGGUAUUGGCACUUUUGCACGAGUCAGAUCUUGUACUUUCAGAUGAUAUGAUUGAAACCAUUGUGGAAAAGACUUUUAGUGAUGCUGAUAUAAAUGGUGAUGGAAGGAUUGAUCAAGAUGAGUGGAAAGAAUUUGUGUCCAAGCAUCCAUCCUUGAUAAAGAACAUGACCCUGCCCUAUCUCAAGGAUAUUACCUUGGCAUUUCCCAGUUUUGUCGCAAGAACAGAAGUCGAAGACAUAGAGGUUUGAGUUUUGGCUUCACCGUUGAUUUUAUCUCAUGAUAUUAUUGGUGUUAAGAGAUGAUGACCUUUCAUGCGGUGCCCGUGACAAUAAUAUCAUCUUUUGGCUCCCGAGCAAAAUUUCUAAAGACUUGGUUAUGCAAAAGCUCAACCAUCAAGUGAUCUUUACUGUGGUAGCUAAACCUAUAAAUGCUGAUAGUGGUACCUAAGGCUACAAAUUAUUCACAUGAAAUAUACCUCCAAUGCAAGGCCUAGAUUAAUGUAAAAUAUGUAUAUACUAGAUAUGUAAUUAGAAGUAGAGUUGUAGAUCAUCAAAGUCGGCCAUCUUGCUACUUGUGAAUUUGGAGGUUCGAGAAUUUCGGUAGGGGAUGUUGACAUUUAAAUAUCUUUGCUCAUAGCUUGAUAUGGAA